UCCUUUUUAUUUUUAUUUUCACUAUUAAAAAAAAAACAAUUUGUGAAAUGACGUCUUCAGAUCUCCAUCUUUCUUCCUUUGAAUCUCCAUUCGUUUUCAUAGUUCAUUCCACUCUCCGGUGAUUUUUCCGGCUUCAUUCUCACAGAUUAGCAGCAAUCGGCGAUUAUGUUUCUCGUCGAUUGGUUCUACGGCGUCUUAGCAUCGCUCGGCCUCUGGCAAAAAGAGGCCAAAAUUCUCUUCCUUGGCCUCGACAAUGCCGGCAAAACCACUCUCCUUCACAUGUUGAAGGACGAGAGAUUAGUGCAGCACCAGCCGACUCAACACCCGACCUCAGAGGAGUUGAGUAUUGGGAAAAUCAAAUUCAAGGCGUUUGAUCUUGGAGGCCACCAGAUCGCUCGAAGAGUCUGGAAAGAUUAUUAUGCUAAGGUGGAUGCAGUAGUUUACCUGGUUGAUGCCUAUGACAAAGAGCGGUUUAUCGAAUCGAAAAAGGAGCUCGAUGCUCUCCUUUCAGACGAAGCGCUGGCUGAUGUUCCAUUCCUUGUGCUCGGAAACAAGAUUGACAUCCCAUAUGCCGCUUCCGAGGAUGAACUAAGAUAUCACUUGGGUUUGACCAAUUUCACAACUGGCAAGGGAAAAGUUAAUCUUACACAGACAAAUGUUCGACCGCUCGAAGUUUAUAUGUGUAGCAUCGUCCGUAAGAUGGGUUAUGGGGAUGGGUUCAAAUGGCUCUCACAAUAUAUCAAAUAGUAUCAACAAUUGGGUAAUUAGCAUCCAUUGUUCCAAUAUAGGUAAUCGUUUGUGCCUGACUGAACUUAGUUUGAGGGAGAAAAUUUGUUUACAAGUUUGGCAACUUGAGAUUUGUUCUGUUGGAUUGGAACUAGGAUUUGUUGUCAUUAUUUUCUCCGAUUAUUCUUUUGACUCGUUUUGUGACAUUAUUAUUGCUUUUAAACACUCAAUAAAGUCCACAGAUCAACGACCUCUACAGAAUUAAA